AUGGAAAUGGCCUGCCACACUUCUGCGCCGGAGGCCGGCGAAUCUGCCGUGGAGAAUGUCGUUCCUCGUGCCGCUGUCUUACCUUCCAGGAGUCUUUCUGGUAACGUGAAUAUGGAGACAUCGGAAGCUAUCGACCUCCUGAUCCUCGUCGACGCAACUGCUUCCAUGUCUCGCUUCCUCGCCAGCUUGCGCCAGUCUCUCCCUCAGAUCAUCUCCAUUUCUGCACUUACGAAUUGCUUCCAACGUAUCGGACUGUUGGCCUAUCGGGAUUACUGCGACAAGGAUCUGCUAGAAUGGUCUGGAUGGAUGAAUGUCGAGCUGAUGGAGAAUGACGCAGAACAGCCGGAUCUGGUCGAUAUUGCUGGGAGGUUAGUGGCCUCGGGUGGAGGAGACUAUCCUGAAGCGACGAAGACGGGCCUUGCGAAAGCUUAUGAGGUUAUGAGGAGUGAUGCGAAGACGCUGCUAUUGCUUUAUACGGAUGCUCCGCCUCAUGCUAGACUUGAAGAGUACGCAGGUAUGUUUGGCCUUUCCUCUGGGCACGAUGCUCUUUCAUCUCAUGUCACGAUAGAAUCACCCUACCGUCUUGUGGAGGAGGACCGUCAGCUGAGAGAAUAUUUCACAGGAAACAAGAACGAUCUUUCAGAGCAGGAAGCUCUCUUGAGGAAAGAAAGCUAUGGAGGGACUGGGCAUUUGUUCGCAGAUUGGGUGAGUGCUGCGAGUACCCUGCGCAGCGGGAAGAAAAUGGCACAGGUCAUGUGUCUUCUGGACAGAGGCUACAGGAGGGAAGAUCACUAUUAUCAAUUCCUCAGCACUGCUACCGAUGGAGCCUGUCUGCAGCUGAGGGGCAGCGAACCCAGGGAAAUUUCCGAAACCACGAUAGAGAUGCUUAUGGCCUGGAUGGGAGUCAGGAAAGAGGGCGCGGGAGAAGUCAAUUUGCCGGCUGAGUUCACGCAUUACCAGGAUGGAGCAAUAGGUAUGACCGGAUUGCAGAGCGAACUGGAUCCGGGAGCUACGGAGCACCUACGGCCUCAGAGAUUCAAAGCCAUGGUCGAUGUUCUGAGAGUCCCUCUCACGAGGAAGAAUCUGGAGGCUCUCUUGCCAAAGAAAGCCACCCCGCUGCAGGAUCUUGCCACGACGUAUAAACAGAGCGAACGCUAUCGAGCUCUGGUCACGACUCAUCUCCGACGCAUCAUCGAAAGGGACGUUACUUCCAUCAGCCUCAAUCCGGUCUUCGGAAGCCUCUGGCGUACUUUCUGCAAUCAUCGGGAGAAUGACAGUCGACAGGACAUGCUCAAUCUCUUCGGUCUCAAAGUCGAUGCAUUGAGGGAUGCGAAUGAGCGGGCGAAGUUGAAGACUUGGUUGGAAGAGUCUUAUGAUUAUACUGCGGAAGUUAUGGAGACGAUUGAGACUGUUCAAGAGGCGGAGAGGUUCCCUUGUGUGUGUUUGGACCCCACGCUGACUUUCACGAUGGAGAGAGAUGGAGAUGAGGAGGGGGAUGAGGAACACAAGCCUAUUACUACUUUUCGGCGAGACGAGUUACUGGAGAUCGGUCGUUCUUGUGAUUGGAGGAUCUUGAGACGAUUGGGACGAGUUCUUACGAGGUUGACGUUCAUUGAGUCGGCCGAGACGAUGCCUGCUCAUCUUUCUGGUUCUGAUGUUACGAAGAUUCCCAUGGCUCUAGCGGACAAACGGUACGGGCGACGAUUCUGGAAGAUCCUGCUGCAUAUUGUCGUUCCUGGGACUAUGUUGGGAGGUAGAUCGGGUGCUUUGCUCGCUGCGCUUGCCAUUCGACUGGGUAUCCAGCCGCUCGUCCAAGCAGCUGAGACGGAAAUGUUGCUUUGGCGAGACAGAUGGAACAAUAUUGAAAUUCCGGAGACGUGGAAUACGAGCUGUCUUUCGCUGCUCCUGGAUGCGGACGAGGCUUAUCUAAGGAGGCACGUGAAGGGAAUACUCCUGGACAAGGAUCGCGAUCUCUUCAAGAGGCUUGUGGAGUAUAAGAUGCUGGAGAUGAAUCUGAAGACGACUCUGCACGCGAAGGUUGGUUGGCGUCCGGACAAGAGUCUUAUCAGGGGCGGGAAGACCAUCCUUUGCAAGUCGUGUGAGUACCCUCGGUCGGUCACUGUCAUGGGAUCUGAAGGUAUCUGUGGACCUUGCUGGUGCAACAAGAACGACGAGGAGGAGCCAUACGACAUCCACAUUGGUAUGGGCAAGAACGUGGAUGGGAUCCCAAGGAGUUACUGGUAUGAAUGCUCUGUACGAGAGUGUCGGGCGCAGUACGUGGUCUAUAACGUCGACGGGCUCAAUGUGCGUCCCAAGUGCCAUUAUUGUCGUGAAGGACAGAGAGCCCCAGUCGUCGAAUGCAUCAAGUGUUGCAGUCGGACCAUCUGGCCAGAGGAGUAUCGAUCUGAGGAGGAUUCCGACCACUUCACGUGUUCUGGCUGCCAGGACGGGAAGGAGACGAUCGUCGAGCUGGAAGUUACCGCCGAUGCACUGCGUGAAGAGAACGGGCAGGACUGGCUUCUCCAGAAUGAGGAUCAGAAGCUGAAGCAGCCGUUCAAUGGCCGCUCACUGUACAACGCAGCGUCAACGUCUGUGCCUCUGGACGACUUUUGCGACAGAGUGAGGAUUCUCCCAGCGCGAGACGCCAAAGACGUACGACUGCGAUAUCAAGGCAAGCCUCUGCACAACAGUCUCGCCCUUGUAGAAGAGCUGUAUUCCUGGAUCUUCCGCCGACGUACCGAAUCCGCGACUUGCUCGCUGUGCUUCGGCAACCUCCGCAAGGACGCUUCAUUGCCGGCGUGCGGCCGCUCUGGAUGCCAGCAGCGUGUAUGCAAGGCUUGUCUGGGCGGCUGGUACGGUCUCAACCGAGCCGGUCGGAUCAUCAACACCGCGGCUCUACACUGUCCUUUCUGUCGACGUGCCCCGACCGCCAAGACACUCUCCCGUUGCGGACGGGGUGUGCAUGCCAUUGGCGGCUUAGCUGACGCUGUCGCCCGUAGCGGAGAGUGGAUCUACGCGUGGUGUCACUGCUGCGGAUACGCAAAGGAAUACAUCGAACGGGUCUGUGCUGCGGGUGCUCCGGAAGAGGUCCAAAACUUUACCUGCCAGGAGUGUCGAGUGAGCGAGGGCAGGAUGAGGAAGACUAGGCAUUGCCCGGGUUGUGGGAUCGAGACGGAGAAGAUUGGGGGCUGUGAUCAUGUGCAGUGCACGCAGUGCUCGGUACAUUGGUGCUUCUUUUGCGGGGAGAGGCAACAUGAGAAGGACAUAUAUGCGCAUAUGAGAGAGGAGCAUGGAGGGUAUUAUGGGGGGCUGGAGUAUGAUGAUGGUUAUGAUGAAGAGGAGGAAGAUUAUGGAGAUGAUUAG